ACGGCGUGUAAGUUUCGCUCUCAAAAAUAAGAGCUGUUGAAACGAAAAAAAAAAAGGCUACGUUCUAAGAAAGCACUUUCAGUAUUGAAUCCGUGCACUAGAUCUGCGGCCGACUUGUUGGACUGGAGUAGUUGUCACGACGUCAGCGUGCAGGGUCCCUGUGUGUGUGUCAGUGGCUUGUUGGUUGAUGAGAUGCGGUGGUGUACACGAGGAAGUAUUGUGAGAAAUUGUGCAAAUGUCUUAAAUACAGCCGGGCUCGACGUUUGAUGGUCUUCUUUACGAUUAAACACUUUUUUGACACGUGAGUUUAUCCUUUAGCGUUAUGCGAUGUAUUGCUUGUUAUUUAACACUCAAAGAUUUACGUUAUAACAUUAAUAUUUAUUUUUUUAUUUAUUUUUAAAUAUUACGUUGUCAACAGACUCAAGGCAGACGAUGUAAGAAUACAGAUAACGGAUAGGGUGUACGUUGAGUUUGACAACAAGCAAGUGUUUUUUUUUCCAAACCAACAUUAAUCGUCUCAGCUUUACAAUAAGGAAUCUUCAUUAUUAUUACUGGGAGCAUCCAUUUUUUGCUUCUAUUAUGAUAUACGUAUAGACUAGAAAUGGACUGCAUGCAUGAGUAACUUAUGGACUAGUAAAUAGACUACAUACAUGUGUAACAUAUAGACUAGCAAUAUAGUCUGACAAUAGACUACAUACAUGUGAAACAUGAGACAUGUUUUGAGGACUUUAAACAGGUCAAAAGAUUCCAAAAAGGGUUUCGGUUUUUUUUUGUAUUUAGGUAAUGUAUUUAUUUUAAUUUAUGACGGCACUAUUAUGUGACCCAUCCCCCCCACCCCAUUUAUGGUACGGAAUGCAACCUUUGGUCUGAUGUCCAAGAAAUGAUUCCUGAGUGCUUCAGAAACAGGUCGGCGUGUGCAUCGUUAAGAAAUGUAAUGUAAGAAAGCACGGUGCAAGGUAGACAAGGAGGAAACUAAUGUUGGUUUUUUUUGUUUUUUGAAAUUAAUUUCUUUACAAUAAACUGGGUUAUCCAUUGUAGAGACACUAUACACCAACCCAACAAACAAUAGCGGUGUCAAUGAUUGAACUUCCCAUCUACUCGUCCAUUGACGAGACACGCAUUUAUAUCAAAGCACUUUAUAAAGCCCAAUGAGUGCUAAAUUCUGAGAAUUGUAUAUUGCGCGCACUAUGUCACGUAGAAUUAAAGCCCUACAUAAAUUACCUAGUGAAUUAUUUAUUUAUUUUUGGUGAUUUAUUUGUUCUUUAAAUUCCUAAAAUAUUCUAUUAUAUAUUUUAAAAUGUCAUACAUAGUUUCAGGAGGGUGUGUUCUUAAUGAGACGUGCUAACAACCAGGAUAGAAUAUCGAGUUACUGCUUCGACAGUUAACAAAAUACCGCCAGCUGAUAUGGAGGUUUACAAAAUCUCAUUCCGUUAGGGUCAUUUCAACACCAAUGGCCAGGCAAGCAGGUGUUGAGGAGCUCAACUCUCAGCACAUUCGACGGUGACCAAAAAUCCCACGGAACCGAACUAAAGACACACGGAUACACAAGUUCACAAAACAAAAAACAAUUUCUUCUGAUAACACGAUGCAGACUUCACUACCGGACCACGGGCAACCGACCUCUAGCUGCGACGGCGACUCCAAAUACGUACAGCCGUUUCCCCAAAAUCGAUACUCUCAAGCCAACUCUUCCCGUGGUCCUAGUUGUCCGCUGGCACGUGAAAGGGCGAGCCAAGACAGUUCAAUGAAGGUCUCCGUAUGCGGAUGUCUACAAUGCAGUAUCGGUCAUUUUAAAAAUCAUCAACAACCUUCGUUGGUUCCUAGCUAUGACUAUCGAAGGUGUAUUGAUCACUCUCCAACCCUUCGGCCAUCCGUAGGGAACAUAAACUUACGAGAAAAAAUUGACAGUAAGGUCGAAUCUCCAGCAGACUUUGGCCUAGUUCUUCCCGGUGGUCAAAAUCCUCGAAGGAGCAAGUAUGGAGCCAAGAGUAUAUUGGACGUUGCAUGUGAGACACGGUUUGGUGUUAUUGUUGUGUUGUUUCUUAUGGCCGUCGGCUUUGUGCAUCUUCGGAUGAGAAUAAGGGCGCUGGAGGAGCAAAAUAUUGAACAGUUCAAGACUUUGGUAAACAAGAUUGAGGAGAAGAACAUUGAGCUCGCACACAUCAAGUCGCAGGUGAACGUUCUGGAGCAGCUGGUCAGCGGGAUGAAUGGGGAAAAUAUUCAACACAGACUACAGGUAAUUAUAGUUCUGAAUAUUGAACAAAGAAAUCAUGUACUCGAAACGAAACUUUGUAAACAUGUGUUAAACUGGGUAGUUUCCAAUUAGCGUGUGAGGCUGCAAAAUAUCAGAUCAUUUUAUAAAGCAUUUUAGGUUGAAGGUUUUAGGGUUUUAUAACAAAUAAAAAAAAAUAUUUUCUAACUUACCGUUCUCCCACGCAACUCCAGGCCCCCUGCCCAACUUAACAACUCGCUCCUACCCCUUCCCCACUCCUUUCCCCAACGCCUUUUCCCCCACACUCUUUCCCCACACCAUUCCCCUACUCCUUCCCCCAGUCCUUUCCCCACUCCCUUCCGCAAAUCCCUUCCCUCACACCCUCCCCCACUCCCUCCCCCAAUAUUCCUAGCCCUCGCCCAGCUUACGCCUGAACCAAUGCACUCAUCUAAAAGUCUUGAAAGUUAAGUUUAUCAGCAACCAUCAUCCUGCACCCCAGUCACCUCAAGCCCGUAAGCCUAACAAUGAACACGCCAACACAAGGCGCAACCAACAGUAUGUGUAACGGUUGUGCAUGUAGCAUAUCCAUAUUUUCGCUUCUGGUUGAUGUGGCCCCUUGGCGUCAGGUGUCCUUUCUGUCUAUUUCUACCAGUCUAUGCAGGAACAGAAUGCGACCAUACUUUCUGACUCGUAUUAAUACUUACCCUUUGGGGGGGGGGGGAGACCUUCCGCUCUAGGGACUGACUAGCUCUGUUGUUGGUAUCUUUCUUAUGUGAGUGUAUCUCGAUUCUCUUACGGCAAAAUAUUAUUUCGCAGGUCUUUUCAAAUAAAAUAAAAUCGGUAGAACGCCCGUGUCUCGAAACAAACAGGCCGUUUUGUCUUAAAUAGUGUUGUUAAUUUCAAUCUUAUUUACAAAAAUUUACAAGAAUAUCAUGAAGCUAAAAUCGAUUUUAGGUCUAUGAAAUUUGAUGUUUGUUUAGGGUAUGGAAGAAAAAGUCUCUGGUGAAACUUAACGAAUCACUCAAAAUCUUCUCCCUUCCAGGCCAUUUUUUUCCCUCCAUUCUUUCUCUUCGUACUGUUUUGCAUGGUCUCUAAAAGUUUGUUUUUUUAUGGGCUCAAAUCUAAAAGUCUCUUUGCGUGAAUCCUCUUCAGAAAACGCUGGAAACAAUGACGGCUGCACCGAUGUCUACUGUGAAAUUUCCUAAAGAACCACAUCGUUUCCCCGUCUUCACUGGAACCACCAACCAGCCAGCAUCACGGGGAGGAGGCCUGUCCAGAGCCAAAAGAGACGCUGACGGACAGCGGAGUGCCUCCAUUAAUGGUGUCAUGAAGUCGGUCCUCCUCGGCUACUGCAAAACGAAAUCAGGUGAGACAUCGAUCAGCAGGCCCAUUACCUUUGGUAGAAAGUUUGGCCGAUGGACUGACAUGGUGUGAUACACGAAUAAGGUUUGUGCCAGUUGUGUGCCAGCUGUGCUCCAUUCAUGUGCCAGUUGUGUGCUAGCUGUGUGCCAACUGUGUUCCAGUUGUGUGCCAGUUGUGUGCCAGCUGUGUGCCAACUGUGUUCCAGUUACUUGCCAGCUGUGUGCCAGUUGUUUUCAAGCUGUGUGCCAGUUGUUUGCCAGUUGUUUGCCAGCUGUGUACCAGCUGCGUGUCAGUUGCGUGGCAAUUUUGAUGUGUUUUUUUUUUUGGUGCCCGAAAUAAUUAUGAAAAAGGUAUUGAAUUUCAAAACUUGUAAAUGAUAAUUAAUUACUUAUCAUUAUUUAAAAAUAAUACCGAAUGUUGACAACAUUCAUUUGGACAUCUUCCUCGAGACAACCUUAACCGUCAUUUGUGUUUUCUGGCUUAAUUUUACUGAAAAAUUAACUUUUUUGUUUGUCUCUCUACCCUUACAUUUCAACUGAACUCCAUUUAUGACGUCACAUUUCAAAUUAAAGGAACUUGCAAUCAGGUAAAGCCAUCUUCUGACUGAUUCAUUUAUAAUUUGUUUUUAAUGCCUCAAGUGAUGAAAAUAAUAUUUUAUAACAAUCGUUUUGCUCCCUAAUUUUUGUUUUUAACUAGAAGUUCACUAGAUCACCACCGACUGCACUUAGCCCUUACCGUUUGCAACUUUUCACCCUAAACGUUAACCAACUUAAAUCCAUUUUCAAUCCAUUACCAUCCAUUAAAAUCACGUCGUAAAUUCUAGGCAUAUAAAAACAAAUCAAAAUUUAUUAUCAUCAAAUUAUUAUUUUUAAAAAAAAAUAUUUAAGCAAUUAACAAUAUUCUGCUUGGUCCCUUUUUCAUCAUCAUCAUAAUUUGUCCUUUGAGGUCCUUGUGGAACAUAGGGCCCCUGGCAAAGCACGCCACUUAUUUAUUAUAGUACUUUAUGUGUUUCUUAACAACAUAGGUUUUCGCAGUUGUUCUUUAAAUCACACACUUAUAUUUGACGCCCUCCUUGUGGGCAGCCAGAUCGCUACUUCCAUAUUAUUUAUUAUCUGUUGUCGGUAGAAAUUUUGAAGACGGCCACAAUUUAACUGCUUCUAAGCUUAGAAUAAUUGAAUGGAAUUGUUUUUGUUUUCUUUUUUAAUGAAAUACAGACAACCGGAAAGUUAGACUUUGUCCAAUUCCACGCUGUUUUUGACGGAAGUGCUCUGGUUCAACAUCGUUCAACUAUGAAUCCUCAAUAUACUGGUAAAAUUUGUAGACUAUUUCAUUUAAUAUCUUCCCAUUUCUAUGUGUUAAUCUCUUUUCUAUUUGUUUCGCUCUCUCUCUCUCUCUCUCUCUCUCUCUCUCUCUCUCUCUCUCUGUCCCUCUCUUCUUUUCUCUCUCUCUCUCUCUCUCUCUCUCUCUCUCUCUCUCUCUCUCACACACUCCCAUUUCUAUGUGUUAAUCUCUUUUCUAUUUGUUUCGCUCUCUCUCUCUCUCUCUCUCUCUCUCUCUCUCUCUCUCUCUCAGUGCCUCUCUUCUCUUCUCUCUCUCUCUCUCUCUCUCUCUCCUUCUGUCUCUCUUUCUCUCACACAAACACGCCCACUUUCACAUACACAAAUACGCUCUCUUCUGUAUCCUAUACUUUUUAAUCAUUGAUUGUUUAAGCUAUCAGGGUUUUAAUUACUUUAAUUUAACUCUUUACGUGCAUUAAUACAAAUCCUUGAAUUAACGUUAACUUACUGGUUAAUUGCUGCCGUUAUCUUAUCGUAAAUAGGGGUAUGUUUACAAUAGCCAUUUACGGUAAAUAGCAGAAUCUUUAAAAUAAUUGUCCUCUUUAAAGAAAAAUUCAAACAAAAAAGUUCAAAAUAAUUUAUUUUUUAUUUUUUAUAUUGCAUAUUGUCUUUAUUCACAUUUAAUUUGCCAGGAGAUCCAAACAGGGUUAGAAUUGACGGUGAAAGGUCGGUUGUUAUAGGCAUUGGAAAUAUAAAAAAAUACACCGAAAAAGGUAAUAAAAAGACUUUUGUCCAUAAAUUUAUUGUGGUCUGGCCACAGUCAUAAUCAUUUGUUGUAAAUAUAUUGUAUAAUCAAAUUUUAAACAAAUGGCAUAUUAGCAGACGAUGUGCAUAUUAAUAAACUGCGUGCUAUCAUAAGACAGCUUUCUAAUGAUUCAUAAAUAUGUUAUUGUUUAAAGCAUUUCUUUUUUUUAUCUGUAUUUGUAUUCGAUUUUUUCGCAAAAUCCAAUGUAUAAUUAUAUUUAUUAUCAAAAGCCCUAGUAAAUGUCAAUCAUUUGCGUCGCCAAGCUAUUCAAAGUCCAAGAGCGUCCACAUUUCAACAUCACAAAGUUUGGGCGACACUUUUGAGUGUCAUUAAUAAGAGACCAGGAAAAAUAUUUUCUGACUUGUUUUUAUUUCCGUUAAGAUCUUCACAAAGUCUUCUCAUAAGACAUUUUAAAUGAUAAAGUAUGCGAUCAAAAGUUGUUCUGGAGAUAUUUUGUAUUACUAUUGAUAGCAAUACUCAGGUUUAACUAACUAUAAAAGUGAUUUAAUUUUUAAGAACAAAAAUUAUUUUUAUAUUUUUUGUUUAGGAUCGCCUUUGGACAUCUAUCAAACACAUAAGCACCAAACUGCAGACAAUUCUACACUUUUGGUGGGAAAUUCCGAUUUUGCGUCAUCAUUUACAGUGAAAACCGCUGGCCUGUACGCUGUCAACUUGAAUGUAAGUUAACUUACAACAUUUAUUACAUUCAUAAAUUUUGAAGCCUUGAAUAAUGAGAAGAAAAAAAGAUAAUAAAAACUCGCUUGAACUUAAUUUUCCUUUCAAUAUCAGCAUCGAUUUUAAGUGUCAAAAUGAAAGAUAAUUUAUUUUUAUAAAAAUCAAUCUGAUUCGAUAUUUUCAAAAUAUAAUAAAUGAAGUACUGCGUUCAAAGCUGUGUGAAUGAAACAGUAGUACACAGUAUGUGGAGGGUUGAAUCAACCGACAGGACAAUAAGAUUUCAACGAUUUGGUUUAGAGUUAGAGCCUUCUGCAGCAGACAGGACACAUACAAAUACGAAAAGAAACAGAGCACUGGAAAAAAAAAAACUUUAGAGAUCUCCUUUGUUGUUGCCGAAAGUAAUUUGUUUUUUCAAACCCCAGAUUACAGCACUUGAAAGACUGUAUAUAGUGGUACUAUGAAAAAUAAGGUCAAGAAUCUUAAGGGACAUCUUAUUGAAAUGGCUUAUGAUUCAAGCUUCCACAAACUUUGUUCUACUUUUCCAUGGAUAUUUCUAACUCCAUUAUUUUUCAACAUUUUAAUUGUAACUAAUUGUUCGUAAUUUCUCAUUGCAAUGUGUCAUAGGAACAUGGAUUUCUUUUACUGAAAGUCUUCACGAUUUUAUCAAAUACUGAGAUAAAAAUAAAAUUGUUUUAAAAUUACCUAGAUCACAUAAUUUGUUUGUCGCAUAAAAGAUAAAGAUUUGAUUUUGUGGAACUGUAAGAAAUAUAAUCUUUUUAUAUUUAUUACGCUUCUGGUGUGAGCGUGGUCUGCUUCCUAAUGACUGCUUCCUAAUGACUGCUUCAUAAUGACUGCUUCCUAAUGACUGCUUCCUAAUGACUGCUUCCUAAUGACUGCUUCCUAAUGACUGCUUCCUAAUCAGACAAUUCGGUAUUGAGAGUACGUUACAAAUAAUGCAAAACAUUUGAAAAAAAAUAAUGGUUCAAUAAUGAGUUCAAUAACGUGAAAAAUAUAAUUCCCGAUAACUACGCUAUAUAUCUAUACCUAUAUCUAUAUAUAUAUCUAUAUAUAUAUCUAUAACUAUAUAUCUAUAUCUAUCUAUCGAUCUAUCUAUCGAUCUAUCUAUCGAUCUAUCUAUCGAUCUAUCUAUCGAUCUAUCUAUCGAUCUAUCUUAGCUAGAUAGAUAGCUAGAUAGAUAGCUAGAUAGAUAGCUAGAUAGUAUCGAUCUAUCUAUCGAUCUAUCUAUCGAUCUAUCUAUCGAUCUAUCUAUCGAUCUAUCUAUCGAUCUAUCUAUCGAUCAAUCUAUCGAUCUAUCGAUCUAUCGAUCUAUCGAUCAAUAGAUAUAUAGAUACAUAGAUAUAUAGAUAUAGAUAGAUAUUACGUGCCAAACGCAGUUCCGUAAUAUAUAUAUUACGGAACUGCGUUUGGCGCGUAAUAUUUUCUUUUCGGAAAAUGAAAUCGUCUCAAAGUUAAAUAUGGUGUAAAAUAUAUUCGGUUUAAAAGUGGUUGGGACAUCAAUAUAUUUAAUAUAGUUCAUGGGUAUGAAAUAAAAAGUGUACCGUGAUGCAUCAUCGGGGAAGUGGUGUAGCAAAGAUUGGGUUCCUAAAUGUGUGUUACUUGAGUUUAUCUUUUGCCAAGUAACUUUCGUAGAUGGGAAGUUCACGCGUUGCUGUUGCCAAUGUUUGGAGGGCUAUAUCUAGGAAUUAUUAUUAGGACUCUAGUGAGGUUAGUUCUGAUUUCGUGGGCUGAACAUAGGUGUGUAAAUUAAAUCUUGGUAAGGUGGCUUCAAUCAAGGCAUUUAAAUGAAGGGAAAGAAAAGUAUGGAGUCGGUGUCCCGAGAGCUAUUGAGUAGAUGACACAGCAAGUAGAUUAGACCUGGCGUCUGUGUGACGCCACGUGCCAUCUUAUGUAUGGAAUAAGAGGGAGGUGUGGUCCCCUUUGGUUACAGCACAUCAAACACGCCCAUUCUCCUGUGUCAAUCUUCGAGAAUGAAAAUAGCCUUUUUCCGUACCAUAUUGAACUAUAUAAUAUAUUUUUUGCACUUGCUUUAAUUUUUUUUAAAUUUCUGCAACAAAUAGCUAUUUGCACGCUCUUUUUUUUUGUUGCUCUCUCUCUCUCUCUCUCUCUCUCUCUCUCUCUCUUUCUCUGUGUGUGUGUAUGAUAUCGAAUCUCGCAUCUCAAUUUUUGAUCCAUUUCCUGUUCUCUAAUUGCACUGAAACUUUUUAACCUUACCAACCGCCAUGACCAAACAACCCAUCAUGAUCAGUAGGUCAUCAAUGACCACCGAUCACCUUUGCGUGACCUCUGCGGGUCGAAUUUUGCGCCUCAAUUUUCUCCCAACUUCCUGAUAUUCAUCACGAUAUGACUAACAGUAUUUUUUUUUGAAUUACAGCAUUAUUCAAAACUGUUUUAUUUUAAAAGUAAUAAUCUUCACGAUUCUUUUUCUUCCGCAAUCAGAUAACUAUCUUAGACGAGGAUGAGAAACCCGGCAAAGAACAUUACAUCGGCUUGGAUUUAAAUGGCCAGACUGUCUUAGCGUGUCUUAACGGCGGCUUCAGAUGCCCAGAAAAUCUCGAUGACUCCAGCAAAGUCAGGAUCUGCAACAUGAACGGUGAGUCGUAAAGCCGGUCGGUCGGCUGGUGUCUUUCAAAACAAAUACUUUCAUACACUUUAUUGAGACGGUUGCAAACCUCUUUGACGUCGUUAUGCCCCAAACUUGAUCUGGGGAGGGGGGGGGGGCAGAGUUGUAGGUGAGUACUAUGUUAGCCUGUUGGUUUCGUUCUAAAAACUCGAUCUUUUGGGGGGGGCAGUUUUGUUGGUGAAUCAUAUGUAAAUAAAAUGUAUGAUGUGACCCAAGCAAGAAAUGCAACACGUUUCCAAAAUAAUAGCCAGUUCUUGAAUGAGUGAGACACUUUUGCCAACAGAAUAACUAAAUAGUUAGCUAAAUAACUCUGGUAAUUCGUUUUAAUGAUGAGAAAUACAUUUUAACCGUUUAAAAGAUAUUAAACUGGAGGCUGGCUUUCGUGUAUUCCAGGUAUCCUCAAUUUAAAGGAAUCCGACAGGAUACAGGUGAAGACGAUGGAAGCCAACACAACAAUACGAAUAGAAACCAACCGCAACUCUUUGCUCACUAUGGUGUUACUGAAUAAACACUAGAAGUCUUGUGUUACUGCAUAAAAUCUAGAAGUCUUGUGUUACUGAAUAAAAACUAGAAGUCUUGUGCUACUGCAUAAAACCUAGAAGUCUUGUGUUACUGCAUACAAACUUGAAGUCUGGUGUUACUGCAUAAAAACUUGGUCUGGUGUUACUGCAUAAAACCUAGAAGUCUUGUGUUACUGCAUAAAAACUAGAAGUCUGGUGUUGCUGCAUAGAAACUAGAAGUCUUGUGUUUGCUAUUACAUAAAAGCUACAAGUCUGGUGAUACCCCAUAAAACUAGUUACGGCAUAAAAAUUAGAAGGAUGUCGCUACAACAUAAAAACUAAAAGUCUUGUGCUACUGCAUGUAAGUUAGCAGUCUGGUGUUGCUGCAUAAAAACUAGAAGUCUGGUGUUUCUGGUGGCGCAGGUAGGGGGGAGUGGCGAACUGAGGGGCGAAUCCGACCCGG